CUGGCUUCUGUGGUAAGUUCUAUAUAAACUCAUUUCCUUCCUGGAGUUUUUGUAUUUGGUCCACUGCUGGAAGACGUAGAAGCUUCUCUGGGAAGAAGCUAGCAUCUAUUUAUACAAAACAAAACGAGAGUUCAUUGCCUAAGGACAACCACCCUGCCCAGCAGAGUCACCAUUGAACAAAAGGAAUCUGCAGUGGGACCCAGGAGGAGAAGGCAGCGUGGGGCUUAGAGCUGCAAGCAUGGAUAGAGUGAAGAUCUCCACAGCUGAAGGACUCUUCAUGUUACUGCUUUUAAAUGCAGCCCAAGCUACACCCUGUCCUCCCUGUUUGUGUGAACCACUUGCAGAGUUCUGGGGUGGCUGGACAUUGGACUGCAGUUUUUUAAGACUGAAAGAAAUUCCUCCCCUGCUUCCUAAUGUCAGAAUUCUUUAUCUGCAAAACAACAGUUUGACCACUGUUCCUUCUGGUGCCCUGGACCACUUAAACCUGAAGGAAGUUGAUUUUUCCAACAACCCUUGGCAUUGUGACUGCUCUAUUUUGUAUCUCAAAAAGUGGCUGGAAGACUUCAACCAAAGUGCUUUGGCCAAAGUCAUAUGUGCAACUCCAAUUUCGGUCAAGACAAAAGCCUUGAGUCAAUUGAAUGGGAAUGAACUGGAAGGAUGUAGGAAGCCUCUCCCAAUCAAAUGCCUUGAUUUCUUUUGGAGGGACAUUGCUCUGAUUUUUAUGGCAAUCAUUGCCUUCAUUUUAUCAUUCUGCAUUCUGCAACGUGCAAAAAAAUUAGCCUCUGAGGCAGCCAGAAAGCUGCACUCCUCUGAAAUCCCACUAUUGCAAGUUCAUGACCUGGAAAACCAGAAGUCAAAAUGAAGUGUUACAGUGGCUAAAAGCCUUUCAACAAGAACAUGAGAGUUACCUAUUGAGAAAGUCAUCAUUGUACAAAUGGAGGGAACAUGCAACCAUUAUGGUGUGACUCUUAAUGCUGUCACUCAUUCUCAUUUUUCCCCUUCAUGUUUUUUUAAACAUCUUUUGACUGAACAAGUAAACUAUGGACCUGGACUGGCCAAAAUAAAGCUGCUUCAGGUCACUUUGGAGGUAUGCUGUUUAAAUGACACACACAUCUUAAGAGCCCAGAAACUGCACCCAAGCUGUGCUCCAGUCCUUAGGAC